CAUAAAUUCCUCAUUUCACUCGAAAGUAUCAACUUUCAAUACUCGCUGCGCUUUCAGACGAGCUCCUAGCUACUCAAAGCUUCUAGCUCUUCUCCCGCAGCAGAUUCUCUCUCAGGCGCUCCCACACACACUCUCACACCAUGGCUGCUCUCGCUGCCCGCCAGGCUCUCGCCUCCCUCACCUUCAGCGCCAGCGUUCGCGGCGCUGCGCUCUCCACCCCGCGCCUCACCGCCUCCCCUGCCGCCGCCGCCGUUCCCCGCGGCCUCGGGCUCACCACGACGGCGCUCUUCUCCUCCAAGAAGACCGCCGCGGCGCCCGCUAAGACCACCUCCUCCAAGAAGCUUCGCACGGAGGACGGCAUCUUCGGCACCUCCGGCGGGUUCGGCUUCACGAAGGCUAACGAGCUUUUCGUCGGCCGCGUCGCCAUGCUCGGUUUCGCCGCGUCGCUCAUCGGCGAGGCGGUCGACGGACGCGGCAUUCUCGGGCAGCUGAACCUCGAGACCGGCAUCCCCAUCACGGAAGCCGAGCCGCUGCUGCUCUUCUUCAUCGGCUUCACCGUGCUCGGCGCCAUCGGCGCGCUCGGUGACCGCGGGCGCUUCGUCGACGAGGAGGUCCCGCGGUUCGUCCCCGCGAAGCCCGGGAGCCUGCGGUCCGCGCUCGGCCUGAGCGAAGACGGCCCGCUGUUCGGGUUCUCGAAGGCGAACGAGCUCUUCGUGGGACGCAUGGCGCAACUAGGGUUCGCCGCGUCGCUCGUGGGCGAGGUGAUCACUGGGAAGGGUGCGCUUGCGCAGCUGAACAUCGAGACGGGCGUGCCUAUUUGGGAGAUCGAGCCCCUGAUUCUGGCGAGUAUCGCGCUUUUCUUCAUCGCCGCGAUCAACCCCGGCACGGGCAAGUUCAUCAACGACGACGAGGAGUAACUCUUCGUCACUCUUCGCCAAUCUUCCUGAAGGCGGGUGAACUGAUUUCGGCGUGAUGGAAUAAGUGCGAAGGCACUGUUCUGAGAGCAAUUUUGGUAUGUACAAUUUCGGUUUUAGGUCUGGGUUGUUUUUUUUCCUUUUCCCCAUGUCGUUGACAUUGCUGUAGCAUUUGAAACAGAAAAUGAGCAUAAUUCGUCUACCUUCAUUCUAUAUUCACCUGUUGUCCGUCCCCUCGUUCUCAUCCACCCAUUAAACGAGGGGAGAAAGAAGCACAUGAGGCAAUUCGAAAAUGAACCAUUGAAGCGGUUCUUGGCACUGGGGCGGAUGGGGGUGAGGGCGUGGGAGCGCGACGCACUGAGAUCGAGCAGCCUUCAGGCUGGUUGUAGAGGUAUGGUGGCAUACCCCCAGUUGCCUGUGC